AUGGAUUCUCAAUCUACCGGUAGUAGUGUUAAUUCUACAUCGGCGACUACAAAAACUAAGGAUAACGAUCUCCAUCCUUUGUGGAAAUAUGUGAUUAAACUUGGUAAAGCGGGGGAAGGUGCCGGUGGUAAUUGUAGAUGGUUGUGUACUUUCUGUAAUGAAGAAAAAGUAGGGAGCUACACUAGAGUUAGGGCUCACCUAUUCCAAAUAAGUAAUAAAGGGAUUACUUCUUGCAAAAAAGUGAGUAGAGAAAGUAUCACCGAAAUGAAAAAAUUAGAAGAAGCGGCGACACAAAUAGCCAUGAAUUCACAACCUAAAAAUGUGUCUUUGCCUACUACCGGAAAUACAACCAUCAUGAGUUCGUUGUCUGGUGGUAGAAGUGAACAAAAUACUUUUAAUGUUUUGAAAAGGCAAAAAGCCGGCGAUCGUGAUAAUCCUAUUGCUGAAGCUUUUGAUGCUAAUGUUAGGAAUCAAUUGGAUGCAGAGAUUGCCAGAAUGUUUUAUACUGCAGGUUUGCCUUUUAAUUUUGCAAGGAAUCCUUAUUAUGUUAGUGCUUUUUUAUUUGCUUGUAACCACUCGAUACCUGGUUAUCUUCCUCCUGGUUAUAACAAAUUGAGAACCACAUUGCUCGAACAAGAAAAAACGCAUGUCGAGAGAUUGUUAGAGCCGAUCAAGAGCACAUGGUCAGAGAAAGGGGUUAGCAUCGUGAGUGAUGGUUGGAGUGACCCACAAAGAAGGCCGUUGAUUAAUGUUAUGGUUGUUUCUGACUGUGGGCCGAUGUUUAUCAAGGCUGUUGAUUGUUCUGGUGAAGUAAAAGAUAAAAAAUUUAUCGCGAGUUUACUGAAAAAAACUAUCGAUGAGGUGGGGCAUCAAAAAGUGGUCCAAAUCAUCACUGACAAUGCGAGCAAUUGUAAGGCUGCUGGUGAACUCAUUGAAGGUUGGUAUCCUCAUAUUUUUUGGACUCCUUGUGUUGUUCACACUCUGAAUCUAGCUUUGAAGAAUAUUUGUUCGGCUAAAAAUGUGGAAUCCAAUCUAGAGACAUAUGAUUUGUGUAGUUGGAUCACCAUUGUUCAUGAGGAUGCUGUGCAAGUCAAAAAUUUUAUCAUGAAUCAUGCGAUGAUAUUGGCUAUGUACAAACGAUUUGCCCAUUUAAAAUUGCUUUCAGUUGCCGACACUCGAUUUGCGUCUAUUGUUGUCAUGCUUACAAGAUUUAUGCUUAUCAAACGUGCUUUACAGCUAUUAGUGACGUGUAACCAAUGUACAUCAUACCGAGAAGAUAAUCAAAGCAAAGCAAAAUUUGUCAGGGACACAGUGUUGAGUGAAGAAUGGUGGGAAAAAGUUUCAUAUAUUCUAGCCUUCACUGAACCUAUAUAUGAGAUGAUUAGAGUUUGUGACACGGAUAAGCCAUGCCUUCAUUUGGUUUAUGAGAUGUGGGAUGCUAUGAUUGAAAAGGUGAAGAAAGUUAUUUAUGACCAUGAGAAAAAAUCGAUGUAUUACAGUGAAAAAUGGCUUUUAGAGGGACAAGGUAGAUUGGCUCCUCAUAUGGAUGGGGAAGUUUCAUCCGAAAGAAUCAAAUGUUUUAGAAGAUUUUUUCCAGGUAUAGAGGAGCGUACGAAUGCAAUUGAUGAAUUUGCAAAUUUCUCUCUCAAGACUGGGCCAUUUGGAGAUCCGGAUUCGAUUGUAAGUAGAUAUGAUGUUGAGCCUAGGAAAUGGUGGGCAUGUUAUGGUUCGAGUGCUCCUUUACUUCAAAAGUUAGCUUUCAAAGUGCUUGGACAACCUAGUUCUUCAUCUUGUUCCGAGAGGAAUUGGAGUACUUAUUCCUUCGUUCAUUCAUUUAGAAGGAAUAAGUUAAAUCCUAAACGUGCGGAGGAUUUGGUCUUCAUUCAUACCAAUCUUCGUCUUUUGUCUAGAAGUAGUGUUCAAUACUAUGAUGAUAAGACAAAAAUGUGGGAUGUGGGUGGAGAUGAUUUUGGCAAUAUAGAAGAUGAAGAAGUUCUUGAUAUUGCUCAAGGAGUUUUGGAUAUUGCUCAACUUUCAUUGGAUGAACCCGAAUUGGAGGGUGUAAUUUUUGCCGAAGACGUGGAGACUUGA